CAAAUGUGUAAUAUCUAUAAUCUUUGUGUCUACAAAUCAGUGCAGUGCCACACAUGAUUUACUGUUUGGUGCGUGCGAAACAGUCUAAAUUUAUUCCAUUUAUUCUAUGAAAAAAACGGGAAAAACAAAUAGAUAUAAAAAGAAUGAUCUUAUUUUUACGCACGGGCAUAUGUUAAUAUUUUCAAAAAUUGCCCUGCGUGUCAUAUCGUCCUAUUUUGCGUGAUAGUCACAAUUAUGUAAAGUAAUACCACGAAUUGAUCUAUUUUUGUGUUUAAACUAGAUUCCUUUUCAAUCUUUAAAGUAUAGAAAUGCGAAUCGUAUCAGGGGUUUCAAAGGCUUUAAAGGCUUCAAAGUGACAUUGACGUUUUGAGGUUAGACUGACAUUUUCCAAAAAAAUUAUACCAAGUUCAAAAAAAUGGAGAUAACCUGGCAACUUUUUGCAGACUUUUUAAGUCUCCUCACAAUAGGGAUGUGUUUUAUCCUUAAGGUGCCACAGAUUCUAAAUCUAUUUGCUUUAAAAUCAGCUAAAGGAAUGUCCUUACUUGGACUAUGUCUAGAAUUAAUAAGAUAGUUUCCAAUAAAAGUGGAUUCAAUAGUGAUGGACAUCAAAAUGGAAAAAAUUCCUUUUUCAGUUUCAUAAAAGCAUUUUUGAAAAAGUAUGUUAUUAAAGUCUGGAUAAUUAGUUACACUUUGAUGACCAGUUACAACUUUACAAAUGGCUACUCAUUGCUCUCUUAUUUAGAAUACCCAAUCAUUUUAGUUCAGGAGUAUAUUCUAAUUUUGUUGGUGUUAAAAUAUCUCAACCGUGUUAAUUCUCAGACGAUAUUAAUCUCUGCUCUCUAUUUCAUUACAUUUUCGUCCUUUUUACUUCAAAUAGUGCCAAAACCCGUUCUCACCAUUCUCGCACCGAUUUGCACUCCGAUUUCUGCCUCCAGUAAAAUAGUUCAGUUGGUCGCAAUUCUCCGGGCUAAAAACUCCGAAUCCAUUUCCACUCUCACGUGGCUAAUAUCGACUCUGACAAAUCUCACAAGGGUCUUCACAAUAUGGAUGGAUUCGGCAGAUAUUUUGCUCUUAGGCAAUUUUAUUAUCUCCACUUCUUUGAGUGCUAGUAUUAUGUUUUUUGGAAUUUAUUACAAGUGGCAUCCCAAGAAAGAGUAAUACCUUCGAAAUUAUUUUGUCUAGUGCACAUUCAUUGUUAACUCUCAAAAAAUUCCAAUAAAUUUAUUUCCUUAAGACACUUCUUCGUUCAUACAGUACAAAUUAACGCUUUUAAAAUCUUUGGAUUGAUAAUGUUGAAUUACUCUCCUCAAUGACAAUUUCUCUCUUCCACUUAAAUGGUCGGACACACAUUUGUCGUGACUUUGCCAAAGGUCUGACUUG